ACCCCCUCUCCCAAAUUCCAAUCUCACGCAUUUUCUCACUUCACUUCCCCAACUCAAAUCUCAUUAGGGUUUAUACGCUCUUCUCAAUUCUAGGGUUUUAAAAACCUUCCAAGUCCCCUUAAUUUCUCCUCCAUGGAUCCCACAAAGAAGCGAAAGCUCGACGAAAACGGUAUUUCCGAUUCCGAUCCAAUACCAAAUCUUACCCCCGACGACGUCCGCAAGAUCAUCGAAUCCUUCUCGCCGGACCAACUUCGCGACAUCCUCCAAAACGCCGCCGUUUCCAACCCCGACGUCCUCCAAGCGGUCAGAGUUAUCGCCGACCGUGACGUCACCCAGCGGAAGCUCUUCAUUCGAGGUCUAGGUUGGGAAACGACGUCGGAGAGUCUUCGUACUGUCUUCGCCGCAUACGGAGAACUUGAAGAAGCUGUUGUCAUUCUUGAUAAGAACACGGCUAAGAGUAAAGGGUAUGGUUUCGUUACUUACAAGCAUGUCGACGGCGCCGUUGUGGCACUUAAAGAGCCUAGCAAGAAGAUUGAUGGGCGGGUUGCUGUGGCCCAAUUGGCGUCUGCUGGUCUUUCCGGUGGGCCAAAUGGGAACCCAAGAGGGCCGACGUCGGACGCUUCGUUGAGGAAGAUUUAUGUGGGUGAUGUGCCUCAAGAUAUGCCGGCAGAGAGACUGCUGUCUCAUUUUGCUAGUUACGGGGAGAUUGAGGAAGGGCCGUUGGGUUUCGAUAAGCAGACGGGGAAAUCGAAGGGAUUCGCUUUGUUUGUUUAUAAGACGCCCGAGGCAGCGCAGGCGUCGUUGAUGGAGCCUGUGAAGAAUAUUGAUGGGAGGCCGAUGGUUUGUAAGCUGGCUAGUGAAGGGAAGAAAGGGAAAGGUUUUGCUGGGCCUGGACAGGGGCAGGGGCAGGGGCAAGGACAGGGACAGGGACAAGGACAAGGACCUGUGAGUGAUGGUAUGGGGAUGCAGCCCGGUGGGCCGGUGCCUGGACAGUAUGGCGGUCCUGGAGGGCCGGGUGGAUACCCAUCUUAUGGUGGUGGAUAUCCAAGUGGUCCUGGACCCAAUCAGAUGAAUUCUGGAUUCCCCUCUUCUGUGGGAGGUCAGGGACCUGGUGGGUAUGGUGGUAGUGGAGGUUAUGGUGGUGGGGUAGCUGGAGGGUAUGGUGGCUCGCAAUAUGCUGGUGGGCCAAAUCCGACUAGUUACGGGGGAUAUGGUGGUGCAGGAGGUGGUUUAGGAGCGCCUGGUGGAGGGGCAGGUCGUGGGGGUUCAAUAUAUGGGAUGCCACCGAGCGCUGGUGGAAUGCCGCCUGCUGCUGGUGGAGGGUAUUCAGAUGGUGGGCAUUAUGGUGGUUACCCAAGUCAGCAGCACCAGCCUACAGGGACAUCUCCGGCUCCUAGAGGCUUACCUGCUGGUGGUGCUGGAGGGUACCCUAAUGCGCCACCCUAUUACUAAGGUGUUUGAAAGCUUGUUCGGCGCAGAUGAUUGUUAUGCUUCUGGUGAUUUCGUGAUUGCGUGAAUGCCGACAAUGUGAAGUCUGGCUUGAUGAAUUCAUUUCUUCAAUUGAUCUGCGGCUUUUUAAGAUUUUGAAAUGUCAUCUUGGUGAUAGUCAAAGUGGCUGAGUUAGGCUAGAUAGUCUGUUAUGAACGUCUGCAUUGUGCCAUCUGAACUUCAUGUUAGGAUUGUGAAGUUAGCUGGUAUUGUUUGUAGAAUUGACUGUCGGAGUGGUAUUCUUUUACUGCUGUCUGAUGUUUUAUGAUGUCUGUUGGAGGUAAAAGAUAGUUUGUUGUUUGACUUAUUAUAUUUUAAUAUGGCAGCCUUGUUAUA